AUGGAUCCGUCGAAGACAACGAUUGGCACAAUUGGACACGUGUUUAGCACUUCUAAAAACGAUUUGGCUGUACUUUUUUAUAUGGGCCGCGCCCCCUGGUGGAAUGACCUUACUGGGUCAAUAGCACAAGAAUACAAAGGGAUCCGACUGUACGGCGCCUACGAGAGCAUUAUAGGCUAUAAUAACGCCUUUGUCUUUGAAUUCACAGUCAGUGCGGUUUUGGACUCCGAUACCGACCACUCUUUGAGUGGUCUUUGUCUACAAGUGUUGGACAAAGCGGUGGACACUCGAUGUGAACAUCCCUUCUGUCACGAGUGUCUCAAUCAAUGGCUUUUAAGCCCAAAGAUGACCGAAUGUCGGCAACCAUUGGUCACCAGAAGUCAGUCGACGGAUGCAAAUGUUUUGGUGGAUAAGAAUCGGCGCAUAAAUGCAAUGAUAGAUAUUUUGACGAUCAGAUCAGACUUUGGUCUCCACACCGACGACCGCCUCAAUACAGCCGAAGCGGACGGUCGAGUGCUCGUCAAUGUCCGCCACCCGACACAAGAUCCGGACAUAUAUCUGCCCACAAAGUUAUCGCAAGCCAUACAUCCCCAUCAAAUCGGUGGCAUUCGCUUCCUAUACGAUAAUAUAAUCGAAAGUAUUGACCGCUACGAGAAUAGCCAGGGAUUCGGGUGUAUCUUAUCUCACGCCAUGGGUUUGGGAAAGACUAUGCAAACCAUUGGUUUAGUAGACGCGCUGCUCAGGGAAGAGAUCGUCAAACAUGUAUUGAUUGUACUGCCGGUGGCUGUGGUCGGCAACUGGCGCUUGGAGUUUGACCGCUGGUCUCCCGCCAAACGCCGCGCUUACGACGUCUACGCCGUGAUGGCUGUCCAGACCUAUGACCGUCAGGCGCGUGAAGUACGCAAUUGGCGUAAAAUCCACGGCGUUUUGCUUAUCGGUUACGAAAUGUUUAAAGGAAUGAUCGCUGAGAAAAACUUUAAGGCCAAACAGUGGUCAGCCUAUGAUCGGGAAGACAAUCCGGAUAUUAUCGGCCGAAUGGACGGCAAACGGAUCUCUAUUCUGACACUGUUUGCCAUCUGCACGAAGAUCUGGAACCAUCCCGACAUCUUCUACAAAGUGGUCCGCGAAGGCAUCGCCAGUCAGGGCCAGGACUUAGAGGAGGCGCUGAGCGAUGAUAACGAGGCCAGGAAUGGGAUAGAAAUGAACAAAAUAGCGAACCGAAUGACCGACUAUUCAUUCGCCGCGCCUAUAGUUGAGGGCUAUCGGCAAGAAAUGAUUGAAAACUCAUAUAAAACUGUGCUUUUGUUUGAGAUAAUACGCGAGAGUAUAGAAGUGGGCGAUCGACUUCUGGUGUUCAGCCAAUCGCUGUUGACUUUAGACUUAAUUGAGAUAUUCUUGGACUCCCGAGACGUGCCGCUGACGGCCCGGCGUUGGCGUAAAGAUGAUAACUAUUAUCGAUUGGACGGCUCGACACCCGCUAAACGGCGCGAUCUUUAUAUCAAGAAUUUCAACGAAUCAGAAAAAGUUAAAUUGUUUCUGAUCUCUACCCGAGCGGGUGGUCUGGGCAUCAAUCUGACCGGUGCUAACCGUAUAGUAGUGAUGGACGCCAACUGGAAUCCAUGUCACGACAGUCAGGCCGCCUGUAGGAUAUACCGCUACGGACAGCAAAAGCCGUGUUAUAUCUAUCGACUGGUUUGUGACAAUUCACUCGAGAGGAAGAUCUCUAACAAACAGGUUUGCAAACAAGGGAUGGCUAAGCGAGUGAAAUGA